CUAAACUGAAUUUGUGUCUCUUCAGCAUUCUUUCCUCUUUCAGAAGACCUAAGGGAGGUGCAGGUGCCGAUUGUGGGGAACAGACAGUGUAAGUGUAGCUACGGAGUGGGCGUCAUCACAGACAACAUGAUCUGCGCCGGGGUAGGAGGGAAGGGCUCCUGUCAGGGGGAUUCGGGAGGUCCGCUGCAGAGCAAGCAGGGCGGCCGCUGGAUCCAGGAGGGAAUCGUGAGUUUUGCAGUAGGCUGUGCCGAGACUCAUUCCCAACAGUCUACACCAGAGUGUCCCGUUAUAGGUCCUGGAUCAACAAGCAGAUCACCAGCAACCAGCCAGGCUUCAAGACCUUCAAGUCCACUGGGAUGGACGGCGACCUCAGUGUCACCUGUCCUGGCCUGCCACAAGGCACUAAUGGUGAUCUGGCGGUGAGCAGAGCGGCUCUUGGUUCCAGGCAGCAGUGUUGUUAGUUGGAAACAAUCAACAACGCCACCUUCCUGGCUCAGACUCCACCAACACCACCAGCAACAACAUCAUAGCUGCCGGCAACAUACCAACUAGCAGCGGGGGCGCUCCUGCUCACUCCCCCUUCCUCUUCUUCCAAUUCCUCAUCUGCUUUCUCUCUAAAAUGAAGGGUGUUAAAUGAAUAAAUGAAUUGUUUAAGCAGCACGAAACAAAUGUAGGUAUAUGUAGCCUGGCAUACGAGCGUGUCAAGGUUUUUGAAGGAUCCAGACGUUAUGCAAAAUACAAGAUGAUGAUUUGUCAUUUACAAAAAACUUCCCCCUCAAAUAACUGAAAACAGGAUGGUGUUUAUUGAUUACAUUGCAGAUAGAAUUAAACUAAUGCUGUCAUGGAAUUUCUUACAGUCGUUAACAAAUGGAUUUAAAAACUUAAGGAGCAUAUUUUAGAGGUCAGAGGAACACAUGUCCAUCAUCUACCUAUCUGAGCUAGUGUACCUUAAUGUACAAUUAUAUCUAAAGUUAAUAAGCAGCUAAUGCUCUAAAAUACUUAAACUGAACUUUAUAUUGAUAAUAAUGUCAAUUUUAAGUCUUGUCAAGCUUUGCUGUGGCAACAACUGACCUGUAGAUGUGAAAGUGCUGAACUAUUAACCUCUUGAUUUUUUUAUCACAGUAACCUGGUUUUUAAUUAAGGGAAAUCCUUUCUGUCGGCUUUGAGUACAUGUAUGAACUCAACUAAUGCAGUCUAAUCCAAAUGUCCUGCAGUAAAUCCUCCUUCAUGAUGGUUAUAAUCUGUUUGUGUUAAAACUGUUUUAGAGACGUGUUGAUUCAACUGCAUUUGGAGGCUGAAGUUGUGUUCUUGAAGCCACGCUUGUAUCAAAAUAAAAAAGAAUUGAGCAAACGAA